AUGAGGUUUACAUUAACGGCGCCUAAAUCCCAAGAUGAAACACGUGGAGACAAGGAUUGCGAAGAGCCAGAAUCCACUUCCUCAAGUCCAGGAGAGCCGCGACUUGACGUUGUAAGUUGAAUUAUACCAGGGUCAAGUUGUGCGGUUAAAAGAACGAUAUAUCUAGGCUAACAGUCGGUAUAUUAUAGUUGCUUUUCAAAUCUCGGGUGUGGAACUGAAGGGACCGGGAAGCUCAGAAAAAAAGCAAAAACAAAACAAAGCAAGAAAAAAGCAAAAAAACAUUUGUAGCCUCAAACUAGCGGCACGAAAAAACAACUUUUAAAUUUAACAAUUUUUUUUAUCAAAGUGCGGACUUCUCUCCGGAAGAACGUGUUAGAUGAGGACUGACUAGAAACUUACGAGAUUUCAGAUAAGGAGGAGUCGAGUAAUGUGUAUGACGUUACAAUUGGCCAAAUUUAUAAACGAUCGGAAGACUGGGUACGAAUGUGAUUCAACACUUGUCAACUGAUGGAGCAUUUAAACGUGAGUGCAUUGAUUAAAUUUCAUUGUUUUUGGAAAAGAAGGCUUCUAAAAAUAGGUAAUUAUAGAGACCUUUGACUAGAUUAGGGACUUUUAAUUUCCCUUUUGGCAUUGGCUAAGCAAUAAGGUGUCUUUUCAUUAGCAGGCCGACCAACUGUCUCAAUCAAUGGGCCAACUCUUUAUUGAGCAGGAAACAAGUCUUUAUCUUCCAGAAGAUACAGACAACAGUAGUGAGUCUUCCGGUGCCGAGGACCAACGUACAGUAGGAGCACAGAGAACAAAGUUAAAUGAAUUUUUAAGUGCCUGCAACGUUGGAAGUACUGUUGGCGUGUACAAGAAAAAAUGGCAAGACACAAGUUUCCGCACUAGAAGAAGUCGCGUAUCAAAAGCUAAAGAAUCAAUUGUAGCAGCUCUGAAUGUGAUUGCACCUGGUGAUGCUGGUCCCUUAUGGGAGGCGCUAAAGGAAUCUAAGUCUGUGGAGAAAGCUUUGGGGAUAGCAGAGGAGUCUCAGUCAGAUAGGAAAUAUUUGGAGGCCUUGGCUGAAACGUACAACAACGCAUCAAGCUGGGCGACGCGCCGUCAAAUAUUAUCAGUCAUGGCGGACCUUACUUCCUUAGAGAAAAUUCAGGCCUACAUACCCAGAAUCACUGAAUUCAAAUUUGCCAUAGCCAGGAAGCACAAAAUAGAGUUCGGCCGAGGUGUUCCACUACCCCUGAAAAAAAGCCCAAGAAUGCGUGUGGACACCAUUCAACUGGACCAUUUCAUAUCAGUCAUUACAAGCCCCCACAUCAUUCAAGACCUCCCUUUUGGCCAGCGGUACUUACAUCUUUCGACUGGUAAAGUUUUGGAGACACCCAAUGUGAUACGAAAUAUGAUACCACAGCGUAUUGUUAAGCAAUACAUGCAGUACUGCUAUGAAACAAAUUUCAAGCCAUUUAGUCCAUCGACCAUUCUUCGCAUUUUGUCUUGUUAUAGCGCAACGGUUAGGAAAUCCUUGCAAGGACCGUUUAGGAGAGUACGGUCUUAGAAGAGACCUGGUGAGCCAUUAUCAAAAAUCUCCUUAAGGAAGCAAAGCAUUACUUGAAGGCUGAAUAUAAGGUAUAUCAGUUGUAAUCAAAGUAUGUGAUUUGAAAAGGCUUGCCAUAUUGUGAAAGCGCGAGAGCAUGGGCGACAGUCAGCAGUUUUUUGAAGUGGCUGUUCACAAGAUCAAACAAGAGCCUGAUAUUAAUGCACUCGCUUCUGCUUUUACGCUUUCUAAUGACAAUCUUUUUCGAAUCAAUUACUUAUUAUCAAGUUAUAGUGCAUUGUCUCAAAAUAUUUUUGCCAUUUUUCCAGGCUCAUGUUGCUGAAUCUGUAACCAUUGCGGACCACUGCAGUACGUAUGCUUUGAGUGAUAGUAAGGAGGAUCCAUUUAAAAGCACGUGCAAUCAUUCACAUGACAAACGCUGUAUGCAAUGUGAGACCCUGAAGGACGUUCUAGAAAAAGUCGAAAAUUGUUUUGUGGACUGCGAAGUGAGUCCAGAGGAAUUGAACGAUUUGACGUAUUCUUGCCGACAAGCGGUAGACAGCAUCAAAGGGUGGAAAGCACAUCAGCUUCGAAGUUGCAGACAGGAUGAGGCAAGAACAUCCAUUCUGAAUACCCUUGAUGAAAGGUCUGUUCACGUAACUCAGGACUGGGCCAUGAAAUUCCUCCCACAAAAUACCGAGAGUCGCAAUCUGAUUGGUUUGGUAAGCGGGGAAUUUCGUGGCACAUAAGUGUGGUUGCGCGCAAGAUCAAGCAAUGUUUUCAACACCAGGCAUUUGUGCAUGUUUUGGAGAACUGCAAGCAGGACAGCUACACUGUUGUGCGAAUAAUUGAACAUACUUUACGGACCCUGAAACAUGAGCAUCCCGAAUUGACAACUGCUUUUCUACGGCAAGACAACGCCGGCUGCUACCAUUCUGCUGAAAUGCUGGCAAGCUGUGCUCAAAUGGAAUCUAAAACUGGUAUCGCAGUACGAAGGGUUGACUUCAGCGAUCCCCAGGGAGGGAAAGGUCCUUGCGACAGAAAGGCGGCUACUGUCAAAGCCCAUGUAAGGAAAUACAUCAACGAAGGUCAUGAUGUGUUGAAUGCUAAUGACUUCUUGAAUGCCAUGCUUUCAAAUGGUGGAAUACCAAAUGUUAGAGCGGUUAUUGCUGAUGCCUAUAGUACCGAAAGGGAUGCUCAACUUUCACUGAAGUGGUCUGGCGUUAACUCUUUAAACAACCUUUUGUAUUCUGAGAAAACUAUUACUGUUUGGAAAGCGUACAAUGUUGGCGAGGGAAAGAAGGUACCAGGUAUGCAAAACAAAUGGGGAAAAGUUUUUCAUUUAUUCUUCAUAUUUAACCGUAAAUGUGGAGUACAAGGUUCUAUGCUGCCGUCACGCUCGGCAUGAAAUUUUUUAUAAGAAGAAGAAGAAAAAAAACAGUGACAAGAAAAAACACACUGGAAUAAAAAAAACUCUUUUUCUUAUUGAAGUUAUACUCAUGCUCCACACUCUAGUUUACCACCUAUUACUUAUCCUUUGCGCGAAAUACCCCUAAACAACAACAACAACAACAAUAACAAAAAAAACACUGUCCAUUUGCGGAGCUGAAUCUUGUGUAAUGGUAUUACAUUUUCAUUUUGGUUUUUUAGUUCCAGAUUACUCACAGCCGCCCGGCUUUGAGUGCCAGUUUUCCUCAGGGGAAUUCUCAGAGGUACCUCAGGCGGUCGAUAAGCAAAAACCCAGUUUUCAAGAGACUGGUGAACAACAUCCAGAUGAGAAGGAAGAAGACCGAGACCUGAGCGCUAUGUUUUCUUGUCCGCACGAGGGUUGCGUUAAGAUGUAUCAGCGUCACUAUGCUUUGGAAAACCACUUGCUGUAUGGGCAAUGUGAGUUUCUACCGGUCAGAGAAAGUCUUAUGGAUAAGGCCAAAGUAUUAUACCAUGAUAAACUACUCUGUGAGGCCAGCAACCUGCCAUCCGUGAAAGCUGAGUCAAGUCAAUGCCCGGUAACAACUGAGGUUCUUCCACAAGGGUGGGCUUUAAGAUCCGCUAGAAAGGCAACACGGUUUAGUGAUUCCCAGCGACAGUACUUAGACGGGAAAUUUAACGUCGGGCAAGCAACAGGAGUGAAACUUGAUCCUGUGGAUGUUGCACGUGACAUGCGUUACGCGCGAAACCAGGAAGGGGAAAAGCUGUUCACUGUAAGUGAAUUUUUGACCGAACAGCAAAUUCAGUCAUACUUUUCAAGACGAGCCUCUAAACUCCGGCAUUCUCAUUCAGAAGAUCCAGAAUCUGAUCAAGACGAGGAUAUUAUGGCCGCUGAAGAGGAAAUCGCGCACGAAAAUGUUCGCGCAGUUGUGUUAGAGGAGGUGGGAAUAAGGCACCCAAUUGUUUUUGACACUUUCAACCUAUGUGACAUGCACAAGGCAGGUAAACUGCGACACCUAAGUGUUUCCAUGUUGCGUUCCAUUUGCGAACAUUUUGACAUCGAAGUGAUGAACAUCAAAGGACGACGCAAAGCUCCUUACUUGUCUCUACUUGGGGAACUUCUCGUGGCAUGCAGUUGUCAUAACAGUUAG